UUUCUCUUUCUGGGUGCUUUUCGUCUUUUCCCGGCCAUGCCCGAACCGGCCAAGUCCGCGCCCGCCCCGAAGAAGGGCUCCAAGAAGGCGGUGACCAAGGCGCAGAAGAAGGACGGCAAGAAGCGCAAGCGCAGCCGCAAGGAGAGCUACUCGGUGUACGUGUACAAGGUGCUGAAGCAGGUGCACCCCGACACCGGCAUCUCGUCCAAGGCCAUGGGCAUCAUGAACUCGUUCGUCAACGACAUCUUCGAGCGCAUCGCGGGCGAGGCGUCGCGCCUGGCGCAUUACAACAAGCGCUCGACCAUCACGUCCAGGAUCCAGACGGCCGUGCGCCUGCUGCUGCCCGGGGAGCUGGCCAAGCACGCCGUGUCCGAGGGCACCAAGGCCGUCACCAAGUACACCAGCGCCAAGUAGACUUGCCAAGUAAGCGUGUUUAAAACUUAACCCAAAGGCUCUUUUCAGAGCCACUAAGUUGUCGGCAAUAGAGCUGCAAAUACACGGUCAGAAUUUGGCUUGGGUUCAGGCAGUUGCUUGGAGGCGGUUGUGAGGAUUCCAUUGCACUGAGUAAUGCGUGCCGUGCUCGUAACCGCCUUUGGCCAGAAGGAAACCGGAUAGACCGUGCGGUGUCCGCAGCGUGCAUGUAGCAAACAGCGCCCUUAACGGACGUUAACACAAGUGUGUUUGUGUGUGAGCACAAAAGGAUUCCUGCCUCUGGCGCGAAAAUGGAUUGUUUGGUUGUGUGCGAGAGUGGCUUCCUGUUUAAAUCCUAACAGCCUGGGUCUUACCAGCCUUCCUCCGUUGCGGUUCUAGUCUGUGUUUAUGUAUUAUCAGUUUAGUCCCCAGUGAUCUCCCGAAGUCGGCCUUUUAGCUCAGCAGUUUUGUCAUGUCCGAGGCGGUUCCGCAUGGCGGAAGGGACAUUAAAUUGGCAGAACAAUGCUUUCAUCCAGCUUUAAAAACUUGGCCUCUCCGGCGCAUGGGAUCUGAGCCAUGCCAGACUACCGUGGGGAGAAGUCUGCAAAGAAAAGAAAAACAGCUUGUUCUGAGUUAAGAAAUGGAAUACUAGGGCACACACACACAACAAAGGUGACCUGGCUAACCUGGCUGGCUUUCUAGUUUGUCAUACAUACGGCUAGAGAGAUAAAUGAUGGGUGGUGUAAUGGGGAGAAACAAGGGCACAUAAGUAACAGGUGGAAUCUUGUGCCUCCAAUAAUUUGAGCAAAUUAAAGUCUGUGCAACUGUUUGCUUGUUUGUACGAGAACAUUGUUCUGAGCUUUGUGACUUUUAAGCUGCUAAAUUCUCUGCUCUCCAGAGAGACAAUAUGAGAUCUGUGUGCAAAGAGAGAGAAUAAAAGUGACUUUCUCAGGCCCACAAUCAGACCUCCUGUAGAAGAGACUGGAAUGACUGGAUCAGAUUGGGAUAGUCAGAGGCACAUCUUGUACCUGUCCCGGCACUUCCCACAGUUCUCCACGAAAGGAAGGACCAGGACUGCAACCCACUCUUUGUGAUGGCUCCUCUAGCUACCCAGAGUGCUUAAAAAUUAACAGGUUUGGGUUAUAGAAUAUAACAUUUGUGAGUUGGUUGUUUGACUUGGCUGUCAAUACCUGUAUUUUGCCAUUUUAAAAUGAGAAUAAUAAAACCUAUUUCAGAAGAUUA